AUGCGUGUAUACACUGGCAAGAUCAACUACGGAAGUUAUGCCCAAGAUGAGAUCAUUAAUGUCAUCUUUGGCGAGGACUGCGAGACCAUGAACGAGCCGGUAACCGCAACCUGGCAGUGGACUAGGAAUGCCGCCGGUGAAAGGAAGGCAAACUCGAUCCACGUCGGGACCCUGAAUGGAUUGAAACACCGGAACGAAGGGGAGACGGAGAUUGAGUUCCUCCAGAAUCAGGCUCUGGAUUCCUACUACUGGUUUCAGGGGAGAGUGACGGAGUCCGAUUUAGUCUUGACCAUGUACAACGAACGGGAUGAGUUCUGUGUCGACAACAUUACUCUCGAACGUACAUCUUAG